ACAGUUCUGUCAGAGCUGCAUCAUCGAGGGGAAAAUCACAUUAUAUAAAUAGAUAUAUUCCAGGACAGCAGCCGGAGACCCCCCUCACCCCUCCCAGGCCAUGGGCAGGAGAGAGCGCCCAACACCCCCUGGGCUAGGCUUGGUAACACUGGCACUCAGCCUCCUGGUUUGUGCAUCCGGGAUGGAGAUCACCGUGCCUGCUGUUCUUCAUGCCCUUAAUGGCUCCAACAUACGACUGCCCUGCAACUUCCAGUCGUGCUACAAGAUGGACAUCAAACAGUUCUCCAUGAACUGGACGUAUCGGGGCUGCGAGAACUGUACCGAAGAGACGUUUAUCCAGUACGACAAGAAGAUCAUCAACCAGCGACUUGAGCGUUUUCAAAACCGCAUAGAAUUUACAGGAAACCCCAGCAAAAAUGAUUUGGCCGUGACAAUCCAUGAUGUUCAGCUGGAAGAUGAAGGAGAGUACCAUUGUUAUGUGCUGAACCCUCCAGACCGUCACAAGGGCACUGGGAAAAUUCGCUUAGAGGUCCUUACAGAAGUUCCUCCAGAAAGGGACUCCACAGUUGCAGUUUUGGUCGGAGCAUCGGUCGGCGGUUUUCUGGCUGUGGUCAUUCUUUGCCUUGUCAUCCUGAAAUGUGUCCGAAGAAAAAAAAUGCAAAACCUUAACUCAGAGGAUCAGAAAACCGAGGAAGAAGUGAAGACUGAUGGAGAGGGGAACCCUGAAGGAGAACUGAAAGUAUGUGAACAAUGAGAAGCUUGGGGAGAGAUGGGAGAGGGCAACCAUCCCUGAGGUCCUAUGACCUGCCUCUUACAUAUACAGCCUCAAGUGGAUUCCCAGGGAGAAGGGGACAGCAUUGUUCUUAGAAUAUAUUAACAAUACUGAUAUUCAUUUUGAGCAUUAAUCGGCUCCCGGGCAUGAGGAUUAUGUGACAUAAUCUGGACAGGAACCCUUCACCUGUGUAUGAUCCUGACAUAUUGAAGGACACAUCUGGGCAGCUUUAGUCUGGAGACACAUUUUGAGCCUUCUCCUGUGUAUGAUCCUGAUAAACUCUGUAUAAUUGCUGAUUAUGUCAGGCUCGAUAACUUGGGCUAUCCUAUGGACUGUGUUCUGCAUAGGUGUGAAUGAGUCCUGGAGAAGAAACCAAGGUCUCCUUGUAUGUACGGAUCACACACAGAAUGAAGGAAUGUUUCGUGGCACUGCGUAGAUUUCGCUCAUGUUGUAUACUUGCUUAUAGCACCCAUUACCGGUUCGGUACAUGAUACGUCUUUAACCGUGCGAGAACAGUGUCUGAUCUCAUUGUGUAUCCAUGUCAGAAGAACCUUGCCUGUAGGAUCCAUGACAUGGAGAUGGCCAAGAUGGCUGUCCUCAUGGCAAGGCGCCAUGGACUAUGAAACAAUACAGUGCAGUCUAGACUGAAAAAGUGCAUCCUGUGGAUCGAGGCCCAAAGCAAUUUGGUUUCUGACGUUCACUGAUCUUCUCGUGUUUUUCUUGCCGCCCAAACCUUUAAUAAUGAUAUCACAAUGGGUCCAAUUAAAAACUACAAUCAAAGAUAGUUGAGCACUGCCAAUACCUGAUAAGAUACAAAUCUAUUGGGCAUUACUGCGGGAGAUUUUUGUAAAUUUCUAUCUAUUCCUUUAUAGACUUUCUAUUAUAUUUGCCAGGGAACAUCUGAUAGCAUAACCUGGGUAGGGGCUUGCCAAUUUUAUAAAGAAAACAUAUCGGCGCACAGGAUGCCCUACUCAGCACUGCCAAUAUACUGCCAAUUGCAUCAAUGCAGGCAUUUUAACGCCUAUGAAUGUUACCUUAACUCAGUUUCUUUGCUGGUGUUGUGCCAAGCUUGUGAAGAAAUGACUUUCCUAAGUGCUAACCGAUGACACUAAGCAAGAAAUACAGCCCCCAAUUCAUUCAGUGUGAUAGCAAUGGACUGCACAUAUCUCAUCUCAACAAUCGGGGAGGGGGAUACUUUUUCAGCUGGCAUAGGCAGUCUUACAGGCAAUGCUCCCUGGGAAAAGAUAUGCAAAUUAGCUCUCCAGAUAGAAAAACGUCUCUCUACUGCCCUCUAUAGGUAUUUCCUAUGGGACUGUCGGAGUUAACACAGAACUCUGUACUCGGCAGGCCUUUAAAAGGGAAUGGGGCGCUGGUCACACAUGUGCAUGCUCAUAGGGCAUUCUGGGGCCUCAGCUUUCAUGAUGGAUGAGGAUCGUAGUGGAUCCUCUGGUUUUGAGAAAACCCCUUUAAAGCCUUGACAAAAUGUCCUCCAAAAAGAGACAACUGUAUGGAUGAGAGGCAAGAGCCCCAAAAAGCUGUCUACAGAUGGGUGCUUCUUCCUUUUGAAGGGGAUUCAUGUUCAAGUCAUGUUUGAAGGCUCUUUAAAGGACGUUUUCAGGAGUCAGGUAUUGGUGACCUAUCCUCAGUGGGGGUCUGACUCCUGGCACCAGCACCGAUCAACUGCUUGAAGAGAUAGGAGCACUCAGUGAGCAGCAUAGCCUCUUUCUAGGCCAUGUGACGUUGCGUUCAUGUGGGCUAGGUGCAGCUCGGUUCCAUUCAAGUGAAAGGGCCUGAGUUGCAAUACCAAGCACGGUCGUUAUGUAUUGGACAGUGCCGUGAAUAGUAAGCUGCGAGGAGGUCACGGCCUUUUCAAACAGCUGAGUGCUGGGUGUCAGACCCCUGCUGAUAUGAUAUGAUAUUGAUAAUCAAUCCUGAGGCUAGGUCAUUAACAUUAAACACAUAGAAAACACCCUUAAUGGAUCAGUCAUUGACCUACGAAGUAGCUACCUGUAGACAGCAUUAGGGUCCAUUCACACGCCCGUAAGUGUUUUGCGGAUCCACAAAACACUGACACCGA